GCGUCAUUUCUUCUUGAAACUGUGUUUCUACCGUAACAUCACUGCAAGGAGCUUUACUCUACACGCGAAAGGAAGUUAAAAUGGCAGAGGGCAGUCCACGUGGUCCUAAUAUUUUGAUUACAGGCACUCCAGGGACAGGCAAGACUACCCUGGGGUCCGAGGUGUCACAGAGGGUGGGCUUCAACUACAUCAAUGUUGGCGAUGUUGCGAAGCAGCAUGACCUGUACGAUGGUUGGGAUGACAAGUAUCAGUGCCCAGUCUUGGAUGAGGACAGGGUCUGUACAAUGUUCAGCUUCAGCAUUUUUGUGAUGUUCCAACCAUUUUCAUACAUUAUUGAUGUCAUCUUAACGGGAACACUUGAUAUUGUCUUUGUACUGCGGACAAACAACAAUGAACUGUACGAAAGACUGGAAAAAAGAGGUUACAGUGGAAAGAAGUUGGAAGAAAAUAUUCAGUGUGAAAUUUUUCAAACCAUUUUGGAUGAGGCUCGUGAAGCCUACAAACCACAGAUAGUUCAUGAGCUGCCUAGCAACACUCCUGACGAAAUGGAAGAUAAUCUGGAUAAGAUACUGGCAUGGAUUGAACAGUGGACAAUUUCCCACUAGCACAUGAGGAGGCUGGCUGAGAGCUGGCCAUGAUUUGUCAAAUGUGCUGCAAAUAUCUCCACAGACUCUUCUAGUCUGUCUGAAAAGCAACAUCCUUAAUGGGACAUGUAACUCGUGUUGUUUGUCGGUCUACACUCAGGACCAGGAACAGAGUAGUGAUUGUCCAUCAUGGGCUCACAGUUUCAGCCCUCGGUUUUCACAUCUCACAAGGGCGUAUACAAAUGUGACUAUUAGGUGGACAUGUAAUUUAAAUUAAGGAAGUGAUGUGUGCUGAAUUUAUGGCAGUUGCCAUGAUGGUGUUGAAGUAAUGUUGUUUCACCUGACAGUAUAAACUCAGUGUGCAGUGUGAACUCAAUCACUGUAUGGAAGAUGUUGCUAGUUCCUCUUGCUUUCUGCCUGCGGCGAGAGGAAACUUGUGGAUAACUCUGUUUCUAAAAUGCUGCUUUGACCAGGAGAGACAAUUAAUAGGUGUUAGCAUGGUUAGUGUGGCCAAAAUGUCUGAUGUUACUUGCAGAUGCAAAAACUAGGGGUUUGUGUGGUCAAAAUGCCUUGUUUGAGUGACAGAGACAAUAGGUGAUAGGGUGGUCAAGGUGCCUUGUUUGACUGACAGAGACAAUAGGUGAUAGGGUGGUCAAGAUGCCUUGUUUGACUGACAGACAAGAGUAGGUGAUAGGGUGGUCAAGAUGCCUUGUUUGACUGACAGAGACAGUAGGUGAUAGGGUGGUCAAGAUGCCUUGUUUGACUGACAGAGACAAUAGGUGAUAGGGUGGUCAAGAUGCCUUGUUUGACUGACAGAGACAAUAGGUGAUAGGGGGUCAAUGAUCAAUAUGUUAUGUUUACUGAGCAUGGUCGUUUCUUUUCACGCCUCUGUGUCAGAGUGAAGUGUUCAAACUGCAGGUUACCCCAGGGUACAAGUAUGGAGGAGUUUGUAUUAACGGUAAUCAUUUAAAGACUGCCAGUAUAAAACUGUAAUUGUAACUAUCAUUAUAUGAACACAUGAAGGUCAGACUGGCGGAAGGUGUUGAAGCUGGUGUGACUGUUAUAACAACUAGAGAAGCAGGGGGAAUAUGAACAAAUGAUAAGAGUGUGGUGUAUAACGCCAUGAUUCUUUCCUUUAUAGAAUUCUACAUGUUCAAGUAUGAUCCUCCUGUACGUGUCCAGGCCAACGUUAGGACAGGUUUAAUGUUUGAUCAUUUAAGCAUUUGAUUCAGAACGAAAACCAGAAGUUGUGUUCUGAAGCGUGCAAGGACUUUAAAUGUCAUAUUUUAAGGUUAUUAAACUCUUUGAAAUUGUUUUGAAAAUUUUGAGACAAGUUAGAUUAUUUGACAACUAUUUUUGUUCUGUCCCUCAUUUUCAUGUCUUGGGCUUGUUGCAUUAUCACGUACCCCAGAUCACGUACACACAGACGUUUAGGUACACUGUACAUACAGGUGUCUACAUGGCCAUACAUGAUUGAUAUAACACAGACGUUUAGGUACACUGUACAUACAGGUGUCUACAUGGCCAUACAUGAUUGAUAUAACACAGACGUUAGGGUACACUGUACAUACAGGUGUCUACAUGGCCAUACAUGAUUGAUAUAACACAGACGUUUAGGUACACUGUACAUACAGGUGUCUACAUGGCCAUACAUGAUUGAUAUAACACAGACGUUAGGUACACUGUACAUACAGGUGUCUACAUGGCCAUACAUGAUUGAUAUAACACAGACGUUAGGUACACUGUACAUACAGGUGUCUACAUGGCCAUACAUGAUUGAUAUAACACAGACGUUAGGUACACUGUACAUACAGGUGUCUACAUGGCCAUACAUGAUUGAUAUAACACAGACGUUAGGUACACUGUACAUACAGGUGUCUACAUGGCCAUACAUGAUUGAUAUAACACAGACGUUUAGGUACACUGUACAUACAGGUGUCUACAUGGCCAUACAUGAUUGAUAUAACACAGACGUUAGGUACACUGUACAUACAGGUGUCUACAUGGCCAUACAUGAUUGAUAUAACACAGACGUUAGGUACACUGUACAUACAGGUGUCUACAUGGCCAUACAUGAUUGAUAUAACACAGACGUUAGGUACACUGUACAUACAGGUGUCUACAUGGCCAUACAUGAUUGAUAUAGUAGUCCUGAAAUCUCAAGAUAUCAACCCUGUGACACAUUAGCUUUUUCUGGACAUUUAUUGAAAUGAAUAUGUAAAAUAUGGUAUUAAUCUUAAGAAAUGUUACUUCCUCUCAUGAUCAUUUCAGGGUCAUUUCUGUAAUUAUCAGUCCAUAUGUUUUGUCAGUACCUUGACUUCAGUCAUAUUGGUUUUCCCCUGCUAAGAUCUUUCUGGAAGUCAAUUUUGGUUUGUUGAGGGAGUUGUUGAUUUGUGAUAAAAUGUUUAUAUUAAUGAAUAAAUAGGAUAAAAGUGUGUA